CUGAUUGACUGAACACGUUGCUCACACACCACUGAACUGACUGAACUGUACAAGCCGCACAAACCACGGUACAAACAACCGCGCAAACGGCUUUUGUGCGUGCGCAAAGUUGUGCAGAACAAGUACAAAGGAACGAGAACACGCAUUCUGCGUCCGUAUCAGCGCUUAUCUGUGUGCGAGGCGGUCUCAUGUAUUCCUCUGCGCGCUGACCUGCGAGAACCAAGAUGGGCCUGUGCUGUCAACAAAGUGGCGACGAGGCAACGACAGUGCCAGAGCGCCGAGACCGACGAGCUCCCUCCGCGUUCAAACCGCGCGGUUGUACGGAUCUCCCAUGCUUCGUCGUAUUUAUGGCUUUCUGGGGCACGGCGAUCUUCGUGAGUGCUUUUGCGUUCGUCCUGGGCAACCCGUUCAGGCUGAUCAGCGGCUACGACAGCUUCGGUAACGUUUGCGGCAUGAACAACGACGAACCCAUGGGGGCCCUCCAGUUUUCCGGGCAGAACAUGACGGGCCGGCCGUACCUGUUCUACUUCGACCUGUCUAACUUGAGCCACUCGCUCAAGGUCUGCGUGAAGCAGUGUCCCCACCGCGAGCUGAAGACCACAGAAGAAGUGCGGAGGUUCGGAGAAGAGACGGGCUCCUCGCUGUGUCGCUACGACGUCACCGAGCCGGGCCAGUCGAGUUCUCUGUUUCCGGACCUGUCGAUGCUUUCCAACCAGACCGUCGUGGACAUGUUCAACAAGGAGCAGCAGAAGAGGGGCUUCGGUCCGUGCCCGAGGCUCCCCGUGCCCGCGAGCAAGCCCGUCCUCAACCGCUGCGUGCCGGAAGCAGUGGUUGACCUCACGCAGGACUUCUUCCACAGCAUCUACAGCUACCUGAACAGCAUCGACGCCUUGCAGCAGGUGGUCAGCGACUUGUACGCCGCCUGGCGGGAGGUGGCGGGCAUGAUCUUGUUUGCCUGCAUCGUGGCCCUAGUGUCGGUGUUCCUCGUCCACCUACUGGCCAAGCUAGUGUCUCGGAUCAUACUUGUGUCUACUGCGGUCGCCCUGGUGGCCAUUACGGCGGUCCUGUGGUGGACCUACGUGGACAUAAAGCUGGGACUCGAUUCGACUCCAUUUGGACAGCUGCUCGAAGAAGCUGCCAUGAAUGAGCAUGCUUUCCUGGUCUUCGCUAUUGUGUCUACGGUCAUUAUGGUCAUCAUCCUGCUUCUUGUCGUGGCGAUGUGGAAGCGCGUCGCUCUCGUAGCAGCGCUGUUCAAGGAAUCCAGCCUCUGCAUUCGCCACAUGCCAUUCCUCCUCGCUCAACCGGUCUGGACGUUCUUGGCGCUGGCAACCCUGUUCCUCUUCUGGACCCUCGUCCUUCUUUUCCUGGCCACCGCAGACUACCCUACCAGGGAGACCCGGCAGUUUCUUCCGUUCGUGCCGUCUAACCUAACUUCGCCAUCUAACCUGACGGAACUUUUGGAACCGCAGCCGGCCGCCGAGACGCGCAUGUUCACCCUGGUUGCCUACGACCAGCGCUCCUGGGUGCACUACAUGUGGUGGUUCCACAUCAUCUUUCUGGUCUGGAUGGGCGAGUUCAUCCUUGCCUGCCAGCAGAUGGUCAUCGCCGGGGCCGUGGCAUCCUGGUACUUCUGCAAGGACCGCAGGUCGCUUUCAAAUCCAAUUGGCAGGUCGGUUGCCCGGCUUGUGCUCUACCACCUGGGUUCGGUGGCCAUGGGUUCGUUCCUCAUCCUGGUGUUCAAGCUCCCCCGGAUCAUCCUCUCCGUCCUGCAGCGCUGGCUCAACAAGCACGGCGACCAAACCUGCUGCAGCUGCACCCUUCGUGGGUGCCGCUGCUGCUUCUGGUGCCUCGAGAAGUUCCUAUGCUACCUGAACCACAAUGCCUACACGGUUGUGGCCAUCAAGGGACGCUCCUUUUGUGGUUCCGCUCGCAUCGCCUUCUUCACCAUCGCGGAGAAUGCUUUUAGCGUGGCGAUUGUGAACAGCGUCGGUGACUUUGUCCUCUUCCUGGCAAAGUGCCUUGUGACUGCCUUGACUGGACUGGUGGGGGUGCUGCUGCUCAAGAACAACCCGGAGCUUCACCUGUACGCCAUUCCUGCACUGGUCAUGUGCGUCUUUGCCUUCUUUGUGGCGCACUGCGUGCUCUCUCUCUACGAGAUGGUCAUUGACACGCUGCUGCUUUGUUUCUGCGAAGACUUGGCUGCCCAUCGCAGCAACCCAGAACACGAGUUUUAUGCCCCAGAGGGCCUCAGGCAGUUCUUCUUGGCCGAUUCGUCAGACGCUGCACUCCAGUCACUUGCAAAAGCAUAGCCAGAACCCAGGGUAAAGAAGAGGUCAAAGGUUCUAUGUGGCGAGGGAUCUUUUCCAAAAGUAUUAGUCUGGAGCCGUUCACACAGGUCGAGUGGGUUUUACAUUCUGGUGUGCAUUUCUGCAGGCUGUUCACCGUUCCUUUUUUUCUUUUUGUCUAAGAUAAUGCUUUUUUGUGAGGUUCUUGUUUUCUCAGCCUUGAGCAGCAUUAUAGUAUCACCACCUGGUGCCAUAUUUUAAUCAUCACAUUUCCUUUUUACAUCAUGCUUGGUCAAAACAGCCGUCAUGUCUUACCGGGAAAACAUGAAAUGCGAGCAGAGGAGCGUGUGGCUCUCGGUACAGACUGUGCCGCCUGAAAGUGAGCCUAGGGGCGAGAGUGCGUGGCCUACUUCGAUGUGUUUGUGCCUUUGCUCGGCACUUCUCAAGCUUCGGCAUUGCGCCUCUUGGCGCGCCGAAAGCUAUCGCCGCCAUCGUUGCUCGCUCGACGCGUGUGGCGCAAGGAAGCUGCGCAAGUGAAAAGAAUGAAACUGCGGGCACGCUGUGGUAGCACAUACUCAAGCUGCUACUAGUGGCGAGCUUCCUUGCGCUGCACGAGCGACGAUAGCGGUGAUAGCUGUCGGCGCACCAAAGCUUGGGAGGCGCCGAGUGAGGGGCGUAUCCCCAUUGGAGUAGGCCACACACCCUCGCCCCUAAGCUCACUUCCAGGCGGUGCAGCCUGUACCAAGAGCCACGCGCUCCUCUGUUCGCAUUUCAUCUUUUCCCGAUGGUACCAAAAUGAGGCUGUUAUGCGAACAUUACGAGUCCCUGGAAACCUUUCACAGCAUUUCAGCGCAAGGGUGUAGUGGUCCUUGGAGCUCAUGGAGUGUGUGAAACUCCACAAACAUGCAUUCUUUUUCUCCAGAACUUUCAACAGCACGUUAAAACACACACCAGAAUGUGGCCCGCCUGUGUGAGCGAGCGGCCAAUUCUGGCACGUUGGUGCCACUUUGCACCAACAUGCUAAUAAGUCAUUAAGCCAGGUUUCUUGCAGUUGGAAGCAUUCUGGCCUCUUCUGUUCAUAACUGCAUAUGAAGCCUCCUUCGGAGAAUGUUUAGCGGGAUCACUCACAUGUUAUAUCUUUUUAUCUUGGCCAAUCUUAUGCUGCCAAAUUCUCAAUCAAAGGCAAGCUUUAGAAUGCUCUCCUUUUAGGUUUUUUACUUGUCCACCGCAAUUUUCAGAAUGCAGCUAAAAUCUUUGCCGUCCUUACUAGAAAGUUGAGGUGCGUUUCAUGCAUAGCGUGUUGUCCUUUCUUACUCUUGAGCAACGAAUGUGUACGCACAGAUUUGCUUUCCUGUACCUGUUUGUAACAAUCCAUGUAAAGAACUGGCCUAAAGUGCAGAAGAAUUGCCUUUGUAAGAGGAAGUCAUCAUAUUAGCACUGGUUAUCCAGAAACCUAAACAGCUUCUGGUGAAAAUAUAUCUAGAAAGAGAAUUUUAUGGAUAACAUUUUCAAAGAAUAAUAUUGCUAGCCUUGUUUUUGUUUUUUUAGACUCGCAAGAAAUGCGUAAGAAAAUGCUGCAGAUGACAAUCAUGCUUACUUUGCACUUGUCAGUGUUAUGCAGCCAGAGACUUGUGCUCAUGAGAUUGUACUUUGGACGGAACAGGGAAAUAAUUUAUAGGUAUAGGCUACGUUGAAUGCAUAGUUCAGGGGGGCCACCCUGGGUUGCAUUGGACUUGCCCCUUGGAGCCAAGUAGCAGCUCCAUCCUUACAUGCCAAAAAAUGUACUUAGUCAUUUAGCCUAACAGUCUCAAAAGACCAACCAAGUAUAGCCUACACAUGCCAAGACACAUCCCAUGCGACUUGAGACUAUGCGUGGCAUUUUGGACCAACAUUUUGCACCCCACGUAAGCAACUAUAUUUUGUAUAAUUGUCAAUGAGGAUGAAAUAUUACUUGUCCUCUGCACAUGUCUUUGUCAAGCACAUGCACCCAAUCCUUUCCAGCACAUUCCGUUUACCUUGUCUAUUUUAGAUAUCGGUGUGAUGGUGUCACCUAAGCUCAAGCAUGGCUCCUAAGACAAUUAUUUACUGCUCCUGUAUCCAAGCGCAUAGUGUUCUAUACUGCACAAAACUAUGGUCACAAUGAAGCUUGUUUUGGAUAUUAUUCAAAAGUAUUGUGUGGGGGCUUUUACUGGCCCUUGGUUGUGAAGAUUUCAGCUGUGUUCUAAUAAUGUGCCCCCCACACCAACUGGAUUGUCAGUCUCGAGCCGAGGCACUGCCAGUGUCAUUUGGAAGAAUAUUGAGCUGUUUCAUGUACCAUUCAAAGUCUGGAAGGAACUGUUUGACUCUCAUAAAGAUUUUACUCCGACAAA